AAGAAGAAGAGGGCCACAAAAAGAAAAAAAGAAAAAAUCUAGAGCUUUUUCCUUCUUUGUUUCUUCUUCAUAUCUAGUUUGGUGAUUUUCUAGGUUUGUUAUACUUAUGGGGACCGAGAUUUUAAGACCGCAGGAUUGUCUGGUCGAGAGAAUCAGAGUCUCUCCGGCGUUUUCACGGCCGAGCAGUUAUAAUAACUAUUACAGAAAUGGGCCCAUUCCUGUGCAGCAGCAACGUAGAUCUGGAAAGCCGGCAGUGCGGGCCGAGCAGCGCAGGCCGGAGCCGGCGGCGCUGGUCUCGAAGAGGUCUGGCCAGUCGAGCUCGGAUGAUUUGAUGAAGGCGGAGAAGGUGACGAUUUUGAGGCGGGGGGAGCCGCUGAGCCGGAUGAAAAAGGCGGCGAGCGAUGGAAGGUUGGAGAGGCUGGGGCCGGGGUCGACUGUGGUGCCGAAGGAGGUGAGGAUUGUGGAUUUGAGGACUCCGGUGAUCGACAUGUAUGCCGGAUCGGCUUUUGCGAUGUCGCCGGAGCCGAGCUCGCUGCCGUUGCCGUCGUUCUCGACAAAGAAGAAGCAGGCGUCGAGGAGUUUUGACGACUCGGCCACCCGAGACCUGAGGCGUUUGCUUCGGCUCGAAUGACGUAAGUUUCAGAGGUCAAUAUUCCGGUGGGAGGAUCCGAACCCGAGGACCCGAAGAAGGCCCUGAAUAUGGUUUCGGAUACUAAAAAUAAGUGAAUCUAUUAUCUUUCUAUCUCUCACAGUCCGCGACCCUCGUCUUGUUUAUGCGGGUAUCCGGGUCGGAUCUUGUCCGCGAUUUUUUUAAACGGCAAGACUGAUCCGGAAAUCUGGGAGAAAGACGAGGGUGAGGUAGUAAUUACGUAAUACUUGGCUUAGCGCUUUGUGUAUGGGUUUGUUGAUGAAUUGGGGUGCAUGGGUAAAUUUGGAGGUUAGGUCGGGAGGAAAAUAUGAGGUUGAAGAAGGAAAAAAGUGGGAAAUGGGGGGUUGAUUUGUAAUAUUUGGGAAGUUAGUUUGGGUUGGGGAAAACUUUGGGGUAUGGUUUUAAGUUUUAACCUAUGUAGUGUAUGUGAUUAUGAAUAUGUGAAGGGUUUCUGCUCUGUUGGGGGAACUAUGGAGGAUGGGUAACUUAUGUUAUGUAUGUAAUAUGUACUUUGUUAAAGGAAGGAAGAUGAUAUCAAAGUUCGG